UUUCGUAGUCAACGGGUAGUGAAGUACCUCCGAUUAAUUUUUAUAAUUUACCAUUACAAUAAGUAAUUAAAUAAUCAAUUAUCGCGGCCCGAUAAUAAUAACAUCAUGACGCACUGCGAACUCGUGCCAAUGUUGUUCUUGUGAUAUUUGUUUGUGAGGUUUUUUUGAAUUUUUUUUUCCUUUUUUUUUCUUCUUUUCGAAAAAUAAAACGAGUGAGUGGGGAUUAACGAACAUAACCUAUUUAUUUUUGUGGGGGAGUGUUUAUGACACGUAGUGGAACAGCCGUUCGAGAGUAUUGUUGUGAAUGAACCUUUAAAGACUUGAGUGGACGAAACACAGGGAUUUAUUGUUGAUUUUACCUGGAAACACAAUGGAGGACGCCCACGCUAAGUCAGUGGACGAGGUGUUGAAUUACUUCAAUGUUGAUUCUGAGAAGGGUCUGUCGCCGGAUCAAGUCAAGAGGAAUCAGGAGAAAUAUGGUCUCAACGAAUUGCCAGCCGAGGAAGGUAAAUCCAUCUGGCAACUUGUGCUGGAACAAUUCGAUGACCUCCUAGUUAAGAUUCUCUUAUUAGCCGCUAUCAUAUCUUUCGUAUUAGCUUUAUUUGAAGAGCAUGAGGAUGCGUUCACAGCGUUCGUCGAGCCCUUCGUUAUCCUUCUAAUUCUAAUCGCCAAUGCUGUUGUCGGUGUUUGGCAAGAGCGCAACGCCGAGUCUGCGAUCGAAGCCCUUAAAGAAUACGAACCCGAAAUGGGAAAAGUCGUGAGAAGCGACAAAUCGGGUGUUCAGAGGAUUCGCGCCAAGGAAAUAGUCCCAGGUGACAUCGUCGAGGUGUCGGUUGGUGACAAAAUUCCAGCUGAUAUUCGUCUCAUAAAGAUAUACUCCACGACAAUCAGAAUUGACCAGUCAAUCUUGACCGGUGAAUCUGUAUCGGUUAUCAAGCACACAGAUCCAGUGCCUGAUCCACGAGCUGUCAAUCAGGACAAGAAGAAUAUUCUCUUCUCAGGUACAAAUGUAGCUGCUGGUAAAGCACGGGGUGUUGUUAUGGGCACUGGUCUCAAUACAGCCAUUGGAAAAAUCAGAACCGAAAUGUCAGAGACUGAGGAAAUCAAGACACCUCUUCAGCAGAAGCUCGAUGAAUUUGGCGAGCAGCUGUCGAAGGUUAUUUCAGUUAUUUGCGUUGCUGUUUGGGCAAUCAACAUCGGCCAUUUCAACGAUCCAGCUCACGGUGGCUCCUGGAUCAAGGGUGCAAUCUACUACUUCAAGAUCGCUGUUGCACUGGCUGUCGCAGCUAUUCCAGAAGGUCUGCCUGCUGUCAUCACAACAUGUCUUGCACUUGGUACCAGACGAAUGGCCAAGAAGAACGCUAUUGUUCGCUCCCUGCCAUCCGUUGAAACUCUUGGCUGCACCUCUGUUAUUUGCUCUGAUAAAACUGGAACUCUUACGACUAAUCAGAUGUCCGUGUCAAGGAUGUUUGUGUUUGAUAAAGUUGAGGGCAAUGAUAGCAGCUUCCACGAGUUCGAGAUCACUGGAUCAACAUACGAGCCCAUUGGCGAGGUCUUCCUCAAGGGUCAGAAGGUCAAGGGCGCUGAUUUCGAGACUCUCCAUGAAAUCGGCACUAUCUGCAUCAUGUGCAAUGACUCGGCUAUUGACUUCAAUGAGUUCAAACAGGCUUUUGAGAAAGUUGGUGAGGCCACUGAGACAGCUCUUAUCGUUCUUGCUGAAAAGAUCAAUCCAUUUGGCUGUUCUAAGACCGGUUUGGAUCGCAGAGGAACUGCUAUCGUUGUACGACAGGAUGUGGAGACCAAAUGGAAGAAGGAAUUUACGCUGGAGUUCUCCAGGGAUCGCAAAUCGAUGUCGUCUUACUGCGUGCCACUCAAGACUUCGAAGCUUGGAACUGGGCCAAAACUUUUUGUCAAGGGAGCACCUGAGGGUGUACUCGAGAGGUGUACACAUGCUAGAGUUGGUACAAGCAAGGUACCUCUCACAUCGACCCUGAAGAACAGAAUUUUGGAUUUGACAAGGCAGUAUGGAACUGGCAGAGAUACUCUUCGCUGUCUGGCUCUUGCCACUGCUGAUCAUCCCAUGAAACCUGAUGACAUGGAUCUGGGUGAUUCGACCAAGUUCUUCACUUAUGAAAAGGAUCUUACGUUCGUUGGUGUUGUUGGUAUGCUUGAUCCACCGAGGAAGGAGGUAUUUGACUCGAUCGUCAGGUGCAGAGCUGCUGGUAUCAGGGUUAUUGUUAUCACUGGUGACAACAAGGCAACUGCUGAGGCUAUCUGCAGGCGUAUUGGUGUCUUUACUGAGGACGAGGAUACAACUGGAAAGUCUUACUCUGGAAGGGAAUUUGAUGAUCUACCGUUGUCUGAGCAAAGAUCCGCUUGUGCCCGAGCUAGGCUCUUCUCCAGGGUUGAACCUUCUCACAAAUCCAAGAUUGUCGAGUUCUUGCAGAGCAUGAAUGAAAUUUCAGCUAUGACUGGUGAUGGUGUCAAUGAUGCACCUGCUCUCAAAAAGGCUGAGAUCGGUAUUGCUAUGGGAUCUGGAACUGCUGUUGCCAAAUCGGCUUCGGAGAUGGUGCUCGCUGAUGACAAUUUCUCAUCAAUUGUUGCUGCUGUUGAGGAGGGCAGGGCUAUUUAUAACAAUAUGAAGCAGUUCAUUCGGUAUUUGAUUUCGUCGAAUAUCGGUGAGGUUGUUAGCAUCUUCUUGACUGCUGCACUCGGACUUCCUGAGGCACUUAUUCCUGUUCAACUGCUGUGGGUCAAUCUCGUUACUGAUGGGCUUCCUGCUACUGCUCUUGGAUUUAAUCCACCUGAUCUUGAUAUCAUGGAUAAGCCCCCACGUAAAGCUGACGAGUCAUUGAUCUCCGGUUGGUUGUUCUUCCGUUACCUUGCCAUCGGUGGAUACGUCGGUGCAGCAACAGUCGGUUCAGCAGCCUGGUGGUUCCUCUACAGUCCAAAUGGACCCCAACUCAACUACUAUCAGCUGACUCAUCACUUGUCCUGUAUCGGUGGUGGGGACGAGUUCAAGGGUGUCAAUUGCAAAAUUUUCACUGAUCCUCAUCCCAUGACAAUGGCUCUCUCUGUUCUCGUCACCAUUGAGAUGUUGAACGCCAUGAACAGUUUAUCUGAGAACCAAUCGCUCAUCAGCAUGCCACCAUGGUCCAACAUGUGGCUUAUUGCCUCCAUGGCUCUUUCCUUCACACUUCACUUCGUCAUUCUUUACGUUGAAGUACUUUCGGCUGUGUUCCAAGUUACUCCCCUCAGUGGUGAUGAGUGGGUAACAGUAAUGAAGUUUUCAAUUCCAGUUGUACUUCUAGACGAGACCCUGAAGUUCAUCGCCAGAAAAAUAGCAGACGGUGAGAGUCCAAUUUACACCGUACACUGGAUUGUUCUGAUGUGGGCUGUGUUCUUUGGACUAUUAAUAGUUUGCCCAAUUUAGAGAGUUUAUUUAUCUUCAUUUUUGAAUAGCCAGGGUUUACAAUGAAUUAAUAAUUGGAGAAUUAACUAGCUUAAUGAUUUAAAACAAUAUGCUAUGAGAGAAAACAAAAAAUGCAAAAGAUGCAAUGGUCGGCAACAUGGACGAGAGUAUUUCCUGUGGAAAAAGGCAUUCCGAGGGAAUCUUGGACUUGCAGCUGCAUUUAAUCGAGUGAAAAUGAUAAAAAAAAAAACAAUAAUCAUGCAUAAAUAGCAAAUGUCAAGGAAGAGACAUUUUCUUUCUUUUCUCGUUUUCUCGGGAAAAAAAUUAACGAGAGUGUGUUUAAGUGAGAUUUAACCAGUUUUUUUUUUCCUUUUUUCCUCGUCUGACUGUGAGAGCAUGGAGUCAGUUCUGAGGAAAUUGGUCUUCAUUCUGUGAUUAAAUGAAGUGAAUUUUGGUUCGAAUGAAUUUUUAGGAAUUCCUAGGAUUCAUGGGGGUGAGAAAAGAAAACUGGGAAAUUUGUGUUUCAAUUAAUGACAGAAUUCGUAACGCCUUUGUCGAUAGAGGAGUAAUUAUUGUAAUUGUGUGAAUCCGUUAUUUAAUGUUACCCUUCUGUUCCCUGAGUGAAUCCCAAGUUGUUUUAUUAUUUUAUACGAGUGCCUUCGAAGAGUUUCACAGACCCAGAUCCAAUUUUUUUUUUUUUUUUUCAUUGUUUAUCUUCCCAAUAGGCGAAUUCUCGCACAACUCGAGUGAAUUUUAGGGAAAAUUCGAGAGGUCGAGGGAUAAAGCGGUCUGUAUCUCGGGAUCUCGGGGAGAUAGAGGAUUUUAAGUGGAGUACUUUUUUGUAGCCCUUGAAAUUAUCGACAAAAAAGGCAGUUGGGAGAUUUUUGCCAUCUUGUUCCGUUUUCCUGGUAUUUAUGAAUAACGAAACGAAGAAAAUUGUCGACAUAAAUUCGUAGAUUUUCUGUUUUUGUGGAUUGGCGUGGGAGGGGAGGGAGAUAGUGAAAUUUUUCUGGGGAACUUUUUCUGGGGAAUUUCAAGAGCUAUAUAAAAGAUCUAAUGGGUUUUUGCGGUAGUUUGUGGGAUUUUCGAGAUAGUCAGCAAAGAGACUCGGAUGCCAGUGAUUUUUACAGCUUUAUCUCUUUGAUCUCUGAAUUGCUAUGGCGCUGACUAAAAUGCAUGCAAGUUUACCGAUGUCUUCUCUCAUGCGACGCAAUGGCCUCAUUAAUUAGCAAUUUUUUGAUAUAACACGGAAUAAGAGUGUGAGGAUUUAUUAAUUCAAGUUGUAAAUAUUGAUGAAUAGUGUGAGAGUUAAAUGCUGUACAUUUCUAGCUUUUUUGAUGAUUUUUAUUCCAAUUGGGGAAAAUCGUUGGGGAAUGCAUCGGUGACUUCAUCAAUUUAUUAUUUUUUCUCUCUUACAAUUUCAUUUUCCAUUAAUGAUUUUUUUAUAGUAAAAAAUCAUAGAAAUUAAUUUCCUAAAACUCGAUCGAGAUCGAGGGGUCCCCAAUCGAUUGGUAAAUUCCAGAUCGAUAAAUAAAAUCAAAAUAUUUCGGUCGAUUCAAUGGGAUUUUAGGGGAAUCCCCCCAAUGCAUUCAUCGAGAAAUGACGAGAAUUGUUUUUGUUUACUUUCAAUUAAAUCGUAAAAUUUCACUGUUAUUUUGUUUAUUAUUACACAUGAACACGAGAGAUAAAUAAUCCAAGGAGAUUUAUCGAGGACUGACGUUCGCACCCGAAUAUAUUUCCUCGUUCGAGGAAACAAAGCGUCUUCCAAAAGAAAUAAAUCCGAGUUAAUGCUGUCGCACGCUAUUCGUUCCUCCUCACAUAAAUCCCUCGUGUUCUAACAAAAAUUGGAAUGAAAAACAUGAAAUAGAUAAUGUGAUGCGAAUCUGGGAUUCGGUAAGUGAUCGAUGCGAUAAAUUUUCUUAUCAGGAUUAAAUUUGUUUUACCAUUCCUUCCCACACAUGCUUGACGAUCCAAUGAGUGUAAUUACAUUUUUUUUCUAUCGAAUCAUUGAUGAAUUUUUUGACAUGUGCUUGUGUGUUAAUCUCCCCUUGAUGUCUUUGUAUUUAUAAAUAUUUUUUUGAACUGACCAAAAGGGUCUGGAGGUCAGGUGUGCCAUCCUGCGUCGAGUUGUGGUAAUUUGAGAAUUUUCUUUAAACAAUUUGAGAUUUUUUCCAGUCUUUCAUUCUGCCACUGAAGAUUUUUAAUCCAUAAUCCGUGAAUUUAUGUCCUCGAGGAAUUGAAUACACGACUAAUUGUCGUGAUAAUCAUCACAAUAAAUAAAUAAUUAAUAAUAGAAACCAAGAAACAUAAAUCGUAAUAAAUUUAAUAUCGGUUUAAUUGCUUUAAAUAUACGAUAGAUGAGUAAUAAAUGUAGUCAUUGAAUUCUGAAGAUAUUACAAGACUGAACGAUCGGCCAUGAUGAAACUUAAUUAAUUAAUUGAUUAAACUGAAGAAUUCAUGAAUAAACGGAUUAAAAUGGAAAAUAUUACUGUUGAGAUGGAUCGGGAGUGAAUUGUGGGGUUUCAGAGUAUUUUUGAUGGGAUUGGAAGUAUUUUCAAAAGCCGGGGAAAAUUACUGGUGGCUAACACCCCCGGAUGACCUAUUUAUCUCUCAGAGGUCUCGAGAAAACAUGGAAAAACUUUUCAACUUGUUUUCCCUUGAGCUUCUCUGGCUGUGGGGCAAAACGGGUGGUCGGAUAUUUCCCCGGUUUUGCGAUGAGAUUUUUUUUAUCAUCAACUUUCUACCCCAACGUGUUCUGAUUAUUCCCGAAGAAGAGGAAAAUAAAAAAUGAUGAUUUUGUUAAUAAAUGGGGUAACGCGGUGCACUGAAAGCGCAAAUAUCUCGGUAACGAGUGCCUCUAGAGAAAAUUUCGCUGUACCUUUUUUUCUACCUUAUGAAAUUUUCGACAAAAAACCCAAAUGACUUUUUUCUCCGAGAUGAAUAGUUACUGAGAUAAUGAGUUGCGGAGUGUUCAAUCGAAAAUUAUGAUCAGUUGGAAUUUUUAAUUGGGAACUUAAUAUUUUUUAAUUGUCUCAGUAACGAGGGAUUUUCGUGAAAAUGUUGUUUAACCUUUUUUGUAGCUGACGAGAUGAUCUACAAAAAAAGUUCUACGACUAUUUGUCGUAGAAUGGCUCGGUAUCGAGAUAAUUGAAGAAUUAUGACGCGAGAAAUAGUUAUUUUCCGGUUUUGCUAUUUUUAUACGAAAUCGGAGAUUUUUCUCGGAAUUCACUUCAAUAAUCCACUAAUUUGCUCAAUAAACUCGACGUGGGUGGCUGGCAGGAAACAAUUAGCAGGAAGUUGACGAAUUCCGUUGACCAUUUAGCGCGGAAAAUGACCCGAUCCCUGAAAACGUUUGGGAUUGAAAAACAAAAUUUAACACACGAGAAAAUGUACUGGUGCGGGAGACUAAAAUUUAAACAACAAAUAACCGAGGAACACCCUCAGGCAAAUUUUACAAUUAAUAACUUAUAUUACUGUAAUGUUAAUUAGUCAGCGAGAUGUGUGUGAUAUCCCCGUGAGUUGUACGGCCGUCUUAAUUAAUUGACAAUUCCCCAAUAAUAACAAAUAUUCAUAAAUUGACUUGUGGGCAGAGGACUUCAUUAAAAAGCUCGAAAAAUUCGCCCCACACCUAAGCCCAAAAUUCCAAUCAAUUUUUUAUCUCCUAAAGAAAAAAUGGAGGGGAAAUUUUUCGAUCUAUCAAAUGGCCUCCCACUUCACCCCAACAAAUGCAAAAAUCGAGAAUAUCUUCGAGCCGUCAUAAAAAAAAUUAACAUAGAGAAUUAAACGUGACACCUGGACAAAAUUUUCGAAUAAAAAUCAGCGAUUUUAGUUUAAAAAUGUGGAAUGAUUAUCACUGAGGGAUUUUUUUUUAGUGAUUUGUGAUUGGUUGAGAGAAAAAUGGAGAAUAAUCAUUGGAGAAAGUGUGUUGUUGAUAAGUGGCUGGUGGCAGCGAUCGACCUAGUAAUUAUAAAAAUCAUUGAAUAAAACAAGAGAGAAAUAGAAGGGUAGAGGA